CUGCCCUGUCCGUGCGGAGCGGAGGGGCUCGGAGCGGCGGGUUGGGGGGGCGGUGAAGAUGAUGGACUUCAACGUGAAGAAGCUGGCGGCCGACGCGGGCACCUUCCUCAGCCGCGCCGUCCAGUUUACAGAAGAAAAGCUUGGUCAGGCAGAGAAGACUGAACUGGAUGCUCACUUAGAGAAUCUCCUCAGCAAAGCGGAAUGUACCAAACAAUGGACAGAAAAAAUAAUGAGGCAAACAGAGGUGUUACUGCAGCCCAAUCCUAAUGCUAGAAUUGAAGAGUUCGUGUAUGAGAAGUUGGACAGAAAAGCACCAAGUCGUACCAACAACCCAGAACUUUUAGGGCAGUAUAUGAUUGAUGCGGGGAAUGACUUUGGUCCUGGAACAGCUUAUGGUAAUGCCCUGAUUAAAUGUGGCGAAACACAAAGACGAAUUGGAACAGCAGACAGAGAACUUAUUCAAACGUCUGCAAUAAACUUUCUCAACCCCUUACGAAAUUUUAUAGAAGGCGAUUAUAAGACAAUUGCUAAAGAAAGAAAAUUAUUGCAAAACAAAAGACUGGACUUGGAUGCUGCAAAAACCAGACUGAAAAAGGCAAAAGCCGCAGAAGCUAGAGCUUCAAUUUGGGCAGAGGAAGUGACAAAAUCUGAACAGGAAUUAAGAAUAACCCAGAGUGAAUUUGACCGUCAAGCAGAGAUUACCAGACUCCUGUUGGAAGGAAUCAGCAGCACGCACGCCCAUCACCUCCGCUGUCUGAAUGACUUUGUAGAAGCACAGAUGACGUAUUACGCACAAUGCUACCAGUACAUGUUGGACCUCCAGAAACAGCUUGGAAGCUUUCCAACUACCUUCCUUGCCAAUAACAAUCAGUCCUCCACCAUCACUGUGCCACAUGUUUCUGCUUCCCCAUCCGUGGCUUCCACCUCUGCCUCAUUGCCUUCGUCAAGCAGCUCGAUAACUGCUCCAGGUUUCAGUGACUUGAAGGAAGCCAGUGGCAGCAGGAAGGCCCGGGUUCUGUACGAUUACGACGCCGCAAACAGUAGCGAAUUAUCACUUCUUGCAGAUGAGGUGAUAACAGUGUACAGUAUCAGCGGCAUGGAUUCAGACUGGCUGAUGGGUGAAAGGGGAAAUCAAAAGGGCAAAGUGCCAAUUACUUAUUUAGAACUGCUAAACUAAAUUGGUGGCCUUUUGAAAGACUACCAGUUAUGAUACCAUAUUUAUAUACGAGUAACUAUAUAAGGCAGAUUGGGGUCUUCCACGUUAAUGUCUUAAGAGACAGAGAAUGAAUACCAGCCAUCAGAAACAGGCUUUUUCUGCCUAAAAUAUUGCAUGAUAAAUAUUUCGUUACAUCAGACUUUGUGUUAAGAGCUUUUUACUUUGUGCCAAGGAUUUUUUCCCCCCCAGAUUCUCAGUUUCUACUGAAGUUUUCACUAACAAGUGGCUUCUACUUUUGAGUAACCUAGAUCGAAAGCAGGAGAACUGUUUUCUACUGAAAUUUUCAUUAAUGGCAAGCUUCUUCCUUUAUGUAAAAUAAAUUUAUUGUGAAUUGACAA